AUGACUUGUGGUAUAUACCACGCCGGUCGAAUCCCGGGCGCUAACGGCCGAGUGCAGCUGAAUACGACUAGCGAUGAUGAUGGUUCGACCACGACGCACCUACGCCAUUACAGUUGUGUCCUCCUCGACUUUGGGUAUUCGCACGUGCUUAAAACGUUGCGCAUCGGUCGUGGGGUACGGGGUCGUCGAUCAGUUCUUACACCUGCCGAUCCUCCGAACGAUGUCUGUGCACGUCCGGAUUUUCAUCACGACGUCCUGUUGCAUCAGGUUGAAACACAUGGCGAUCAGGGCCAUGCCCAGCAUCAGGUACAUGGAACACAGUAUGAAGCUCAGCUCGAUAACGGUACCGGCGCUGCUGCGGUUACCGGGACCCGUACCGGUACCGGUGCUGGUGCUCGUACCGAUGCUGGUGCCGGAGCCGGUGAUGCUGUUGCCCGGCACGAAGUCGCCGAACCCGAUGGUGCUCAGCGAUAUGAAGCAGAAGUACGACCCGUCGAAGAACUCCCAGGACUCCCAUUUGGAGAACAGUAUGGCGCCUCCGGAAAUGUACCUUUGAGGGGGAAAAAAAACGAAAUAAAUUAA